AGCGCGGAUCCUGUUGCCGUGGAGACGCAGGCCGUGUGUUAGUGAUCCGCGUGGGGAGCUUGUGAUCCGGGUCACGCGAGUUGGGAGUAUAUGAUAAUUCCACUGGUCUGUUUCACCAUGUCAACAUCAAGCAGACUUCAGCAUUCCACUAUUGUGAAUCCCCCUCCACCAGAGUACAUAAAUCAUGAAAAGACAGGACGUGUAUCUAACCAACUUAAAUACCUGGAAAAAGUGGUUUUGAAGACUGUAUGGAAGCACAAAUUUUCUUGGCCAUUUCAACAACCAGUGGAUGCGGCAAAGUUAAAUCUUCCUGAUUAUUAUACGAUCAUAAAAAAUCCAAUGGAUUUGACUACAAUAAGGAAGAGAUUGGAGUAUAAAUAUUAUUCAAAGGCUCAAAACUGCAUUCAAGACUUCAAAACCAUGUUUAAAAAUUGUUAUAUAUAUAAUAAGCCUGGAGAUGAUAUUGUUUUGAUGGCGCAAGAACUGGAAAAAAUAUUUAUGCAAAAGCUUGCCGAAAUGCCAGAUGAAGAUACAGAAUUAUCUGUAGCCAGAAACCGUGGUAGUAAAAGCAAAACAAAAAAUUCACCUGCAGAAAGUAAGACAGAAUCAGCAUACAUUCCUAUUCUGGCUCCAAAGAAAAAGCUAGGAUCUCAAAUGAUGCAUCGAAAUCCAUUUCCACGUCCAAUAGUUUCAAUGCUGCCAGAACGGACAGCCCUUAUCCCAUUGACUAUUGUCAAACCAAAUCAAGUGGUUUGCUCCAAUCCAGUGACUAAGGUAAGUAAAUCAUGUGCAUCAUGAAAAAAAAGGGGUAUUAAAAGGAGGGCUGACACUACAACUCCUAGUGUAUCACGCAUAUCAUCUAGCUGUGACUCUUCUCCAGCCUUCUCUGAAACAAAGCAAGCCAAUAUACCACCUACAACAGAGAAACACAGGGGGUCAGAGGCAGUGGUGCGUGACCUUCCUGAUUCUCAGCAGCAAUUACAAGUUCUUAAGGGAGAGGAACUCUCUGAACAGAUGAAACAUUGUAAGCACACCCUUAAUGAGAUGUUUUCGCAAAAGCAUGCAGAGUAUGCAUGGCCAUUUUACAAAACCAUAGGCCCUGCAUCUUUUGGACUGCCUGACUCUGGUGAUAUAAUGACCUGCUCCAUGGAUCUUGGAACUAUUCGGGAUAAAAUGGAUAAUGGACAGUACAAAGACACAAAUGAGUUUGCCUCUGAUAUUCGUCUAAUGUUUAUGAACUGUUACCAGCGCAAUCCACCGGAAAAUGAAAUCGUGAAUAUGGCAAGAAAGUUACAGGAUGUUUUUGAGGUGCUAUUUGCCAAAAUCCCUGAUGAGCCUGUUGAUAAGCCUAACGUGUCCCCAUUCAAGCUAUCAUCUAAUGAAAACACCAGCUCAAAUUCCUCUGAUAAUAGUGCCUCCUCAGAUUAUGAGGAUGAGCGUGAGCGACGUCUUUCCUUACUCCAGAAGCAGCUUAAAGCAGUGCAAGAACAACUGCAGGCGUUAAGUGACGGACCUUCUACCAAAAUCAAGAAGAAGUCCAGGAAGGAGAAGGAGAAGAAGAAGAAAAAGUCCAAGAUCAAGAAAAAACGAUUAAAAAAGAAAUCACGCCAGAAUUUAAAAAAGAAAAAGCUUGAACAGAAAGAAAUGAAGAAGAAACUCUUAAACGACUCCAAGGAAAAGAAAGUGCCUCUUUCUGACGAAGAGCAUGUUAAACCCAUGAGCUAUGAUGAAAAAAGACAGUUGAGUCUGGAUAUCAAUAAAUUGCCUGGAGAGAAGCUUAGCCGUAUUGUUCAUAUCAUACAGUCCAGAGAACCAUCACUUAAAGACUCUAAUCCACAUGAAAUGGAAAUAGAUUUUGAGACCUUGAAACCAUCAACCUUAAGGCAUCUGGAAAGAUAUGUGAUGCUUUGUCUGCGGAAGAGACCCAGGAAGAAUAGUGUGGAUAAACCUGUCAAAUCUAAAGAGGAGCAGGCUAAGGAAAAGAAGAUCGAGCUGGAGAAACGUCUUCAAGAUGUCAGCGGGCAACUAACCUCUGCAAAGAAAUUUAAAACCAUGGAAGAAGUAACGUCCACCCCACUUUCAGUUGGAGGAACCUGCAGACUAAGCGAGAGUAGCAGUACUUCUUCCUCAAGUUCUGCUGACAGCAGUGGCAGUAACUCCAGCUCAUCGGAUAGCAGUGACUCUGAAUCAGGUUAG